CUUUGGAUUGGACGGGCGACGAGGACCGUGAGAAUGGUCACCUAUGAUCUUCCGAGCCCAGCACAACCAAGUUCUUCAGCGCAGGGAGCGUGCAGGGGCGCUGAUGAGAAAUCGCUCUCCUCCAGAUAUUUCAUACAUAGGGUCCUAUGCCUACCCCCUGUAUUCCAGGGUCGUGUUGUUAGAAAUUGCGCCGUACAGGACAAGCCGUACAGGACAAGACGACUUUUACGACCAGUCGCCGCACCUCGUCGUCCAACACGUUGACACUCGAAAAAAUAUACAGGGACGGUAUUUCCGGGUUUCUGGAAUCCAACAAAACUUUCUUUUGGCUCUUCCAACAUUUGAUGGAGUCUAUUUUCCGAUCACAAUUUCGAUAGGUCGACUCUGCAGAAAAUAACCAUAAAUCGUCCCCCAGCCGAUUUGGUUGGCCGAAAAACGCAGCCAUGCCUCAAGCAGAUGCGAAAAACUUUGCCAUGGAGACAUGGACGCUGUAUGGCGUAGCGAUGCUGGUUGUUGCUCUACGAUACACCGCUAGAAUCCGUCGUUUCGGUAUCAGAAACCUCAAACUAGACGACUAUGCGAUGGCUAAUGGAGUCGUUUGGUAUACGAUCUUAUGCGUGGCCUUCAACCAGAUCAAAUUUGGCGACGGGUCGAAUCUGAUGGAGCCAGACGAGAUUGCUGCGUUGACACCAGAGCACAGGGCAAGCAGGGUCGCAGGGAGCAAAUGGGUCUAUGUCUCUGAACACUCUAUGAUUCUCGCCAUUUGGAGCACAAAAAUAUGUGUACUCGUUCUGUAUGCCGGUAUCACCGAGGGACUCGCGCAAAGGAAGUGGGUGAAAUACGUAUCAAUCUACACGGCACUGAGCUUCGUCGGCAGCGAACUCGCACUUUUCCUCAUCUGUCGACCAAUCCAACAAUACUGGGCUGUCCCAGCUGCAAACCCACAAUGCUCCAACUACCAAUACUUCGAAAUAAUCCAAGGCUCCCUCAGCAUCCCCGGCGACAUGGCCAUCCUCGCGAUCGGCAUCCCGAUCCUCGUGCAAGUGCGCCUGCCCAUCCAACAAAAAGCCAUCCUCCUCCUCAUCUUCGGCAUGGGCUUCUUCGUCAUCAUCGCCGCCAUCCUGACCAAAGUCUACUGUCUCGUGCCCGCCCUGAUCUCCUACGUCUACAUGAACUGGUACUUCCGCGAAGCCUCCGUGGCCAUGUACGUCACCAACCUGCCCGCCGUCUGGCCUCUGUUCCGUGAGGUUUUCCCGAACCUCAAUCUCUCGGGCUCGCACGCGAAGGCGACUGGGAACACGAGCGGAGCGACGAGGCCGUGGGCGCACUCGGGGAGCAGGGCGAGGAUUAACUCGAAGGAUUUCGAUAUGAAGGAGUUCUCGAGGGGGAGGGGGGCCGAGAGCCAGGAGAGGAUUAAUGAUAGUGAUUCGAGUGAGGGGAUUGGGGAGGGGCCGAUGGAGAUUCAGAGGGAUGUGACGUUUACGGUGCAGUCCGAGAGUGUGGAUAGGGGUGCGAGGGGAGCCGGCGCGGGGGUGGGGGAGAGGUGGGAAACGAAUAAUGUUACGACGGUGGUGAGUGGUGUGCGGUAGGGGGGGUUAUAUUAGAUGGUAGAGGAAUUGAUGGGUCGGAUUAUAUGAUUGAGAUGCCACUUUUUACAGAGGCGUCGCUUGGCUACCGAGAAAAUGUUACUACUGUCGUGUGUUCUGUACGAUAGAUAUUUUAUAUAAAACGUCCAAGCAAUUGAUGUGUGGUAUCCUAUGAUUAGGAUGUACCACACUUCCCAAA